AUGAACGAAGAAGCUUACACGACCAUUGAGCUUCUCACUCCGAACGGGCCAGAAUUUCGGCGUGUCUCCACUGCUCCUGCACGCCAUCCACAUAGCGAAGAGAUACCUCUCAUUGAUUUCAGUAGUAUUGAUGAUGAUUUAGAAGCCCGCAAAAGCAUCGUCGAGCAGGUGCGGAAAGCAGCCGAGAACACUGGAUUUUUCUACAUCUACAACCAUGGAAUCCAGGACUCGCUAAUUCAGAGUGCUCUUGCACAAGCCAAGGCCUUUUUCGAGCAACCUCUGGAGAAUAAGGCAAAGCUUUUGCCUGAUUGCACAGGGCCAGGAGUAGGCUACCGAGGGGUUUCCUCGACGCAAAUCAACCGUACUGAAUCAAGAGAUCGGAAGGAAACGUUCGCUAUACAGUAUGACCAACGUUACGAUCCUAGACACAACGUCUCACCAGACAUCACCUCAGCCGACGAAGAAACGGUCAGGAGCCAUGACCUCAUCUGGAAACGCACGCAACAGCUUCAAGGUUUCCAAGCUACUACUGUUUCCUUCUGGCAAGAGCGCCUCCAACUCGCUCGAAAACUCGUCCGCAUCUUUGCCUUGGCUCUUAGUCUUCCCGAAACGUACUUCGACGACGUGACCACUACUCCUGGGGCUGAUGCAUUGUACAUACAUUACCCUCCAUCUCCCCCACACGCUUCUGAUGAGACUAUCGACGUAGGUAUCGGUUCGCACACGGAUAUUCAACUCUUCACUCUCCUCUGGCAAGACAACUCCGGAGGUCUCCAAGUCCUGGCCAACACCGACGAAUGGCUGGAUGCCCGGCCCAUCGAGGGUACGCUGGUCGUGAAUGUCGGUGACUUUCUGCAGCGUCUAUCGAACGACAAAUUCCGGUCAACUGUUCACAGGGUGUACAACAAGACAGAGCAAUCGAGGUAUUCCAUGCCAUUCUGUUUUGGAUUCAACGCGGACGCUGUGUGCGAGGUCGUCCCCACGUGUGUGGAUGAUGAGCGGCCGCCAAAGUAUGCGCCGAUAUCUUGCGGGGAGUGGCGGCAGCAGCGAUUUGCGUUAGCUACAAGACCGAGUCGAGCACAUUGA